GAAGAGCCAGGUCUGAAGUACACAACUACUGGCAUGGUAACAAUUAACUGCUAGCAUGUUUAGGAGCCAUGUAUGUUAAUGUUCAGACAGACAUGUAAGGAAUAAAGAAGGAGAUCCAUUUACUAAGGUUAAGAAAUACAGAAAAGGAAUCGGGUAAUUUAUGGGGCUUUUCUUAAGACAUUUAAAGGAACAUACAAAGCAAUCCUGUCUCUUAAGCUGGUUCUGAAGAAGAACUUGUUGUUUUGUAUCCAUAAAUAGCUUGGCAGAGGGAAGGUAUGGUGAUUUGUGUAUGCUUGGCCCAAGGCAUGGCACUAUUAGGAGGUGUGGCCUUGUUGGGGUAGGUGUGUCACUGUGGGCAUGGGCUUUAAGACCCUCCUCCUAGUUUCCUGGAAGCCAGUCUUCUCCUAGUUGCCUUUGGAACAAGAGGUGGAACUCUCAGCUCCUCUAGCCCCAUGCCUGCCUGGGCACUGCCAUGCUCCCACCAUGUGAUAAUGGGCUGAACUUCUGAACCUGUAAGCCAGCCCCAAUUAAAUGUUGCCUUGGUCAUGGUAUCUGUUCUUAGCAGUAAAACCCUAACUAAGACAAGAGGGGAAGGGUGUGCUGGAGAAAUGGCUCAGCAGUUAAGAGCAGUAGCUGCUCUUCCAGAGAUCCCAGGUCGGGUUCCCAGACCCCGCAGCUCACAACCAUCUGUAACUCCAGUUCUGGAUGAUACUACCCUCUUCUGGCUUUUGUGGGCAUCAGGCACACACAUGAUGGACAGAUUUACAUGAAGGCAAAACAUACAUAUAAACUAAUAAAAUAAAUGUAAACAAAUACCUUUAAAAAUAACUUGUGUGUAAUUAACUGAUAGUCAUACCACCUUCAGUAUAAAAGUAAACGGUUUGGGCAGCCAGUGAAUACUGGGUAACCAGGCCUCUAGCUUCUGCAGAUCAAAGAGCAGCCUGUAACCAAUGAGGUCACAGGUCUCAGAGGUCAGCACUGGGGCCAGGCUUCAGCUCCAGUAUGUCCAGGGUCCCCUGAGGGAUUAGACCCUAGGUCGCAGAACUCCGAUUUCUGAGGUUCCGGCACUCAUCGCAGGACCUGAACUCUCUGUUGCCAUGGUCCCAGAGGUUAUUUGCUCUGUAACUAUAGCCACAUCCCAACAUAGUAGACAAGCUUCACUGGGUUUGGGUAUCCCGCCUCCAGCGGGUGCAUAGAAUCCAAAGGUAUGAUCAAGAUUUGACUCCAUCUGGUCACCUUGGUGCUGAGUGUUCAGCCCUAUCCUUGCUCCUGUGGGCACAUAGCCAAGACAGGCUCACUUCAGCAACUCAUUUCAAUAUUCAACAGCAGCUUUCUCCAGUCCCACUAGCUGAACUUUGAGAUAUGAGUCACAAGAAGCAGAAUAUCCUAAUAGGCUCAGAAUAGAAGGAAGAAAAAAAUCUACUUCAACAGAUGUAUAAAACAUGACAAAGCAACAUAAAGUUGACACGGGUACUAUGCAUGUCCCAUCACCUACCAACUAAUCAACUAACCAACCAACUAACUGCCUGUAGCGUGUAGUUUUUGCUUCCUUGCUUUAAGCCCCAGGAGGACUGGGCUACUAGCCCCACCCAGGCUCCCUUAGAUCCACUGAUCACACACACACACACACACACACACACACACACACACACACACACACAUUAACUUACUUUUCAACCUGCCUUAUGGGUCAGUUGUUGGGGCUUCCAAUGUCCUGAGGCCAGCGCCCUUCCUAACACUCCUAGCUCAGCACCUAACCCUUCCUCAACUUCAGUCGCUCAGCUUUAGUUGCAUUUCUAGUCUCCUACCUGGAGAAGCAGCCUACCCAACCCCCCCCCCCCACCCCCCUCUGCCACAGAUCUCACAUGGCUGACUGACCACAUUUUCUCCCGCCAAGCAUACUGGAGGCAGAGGCAGGCGGAUUUCUGAGUUCAAGGCCAGCCUGGUCUACAAAGUGAGUUCCAGGACAGCCAGGGCUAUACAGAGAAACCCUGUCUCAGAAAAAGAAAAAAGAAAAAAGAAAAAAAAAAAAAAGAAAAGGAAAAAAAAAAGCAUACUGAAAAUCCUCCUCUCUUCCCUGCAUCUACUAGGUGGUUCACAAGGACCCAGAAGUCCCGCCUAUUCCUCACAGCUUAUUGGCCACUAGCAUCUUUAUUGAUGGAUCAAGAACAAAUGGAGAACAGGACCUUAGCAUCAGAGCCACCCCCUACAACUGCCUACAAGGGAGUCAAAACUUAAUGAGAGCUGAAAUGUCUGAGAAAUAAUUUAGUUUUAUGUUCAAAAGAAUUAACAACCCUAUAGAAGAGUCAAAAAGGUGUAAGAAUUAUGGAAAUCUAUCCAAGACCUUGACAAGACAGUUCCAAAGUCAACAACAGUCAAUCAGUGGCAAAAGUUCAAAUGUAGAAGAAAAUUUGGCAAGGAGAUUGAAACAUUAAAAAAAAAAAAACAAUCAAACAGAAAUUCUUAAGAUGAAGGAUGGCCAAUUAAAUAAAAACCACACAGGUGCCAUUAUUAACAGACAAGUACAUACAUAUGCAGAGAAACUAAUUUCAGGGUUGGAGGACAAAGGUGAAACAAUAAUCCAACAAAAAUAUAUUCAGGAAAAAAUGACUGAACACAAACAAUAUUUCCCAGAUGUCUGGCAUAUGUUCAAGAGGCCACAAUGGAGAAUUCAUGGUGUAUAAGAAGGAACAAAGUUAAAAAUGCAAUAGACAGACUAUUUAAUAAAAUCAUAGCAGAAAACUUUCCAAACUUACAGAAAGAAGCAGGCAUCUAAACAGAAGGCAUAUGGAACUCCACAAAGACGCAGGCAGAGAAGAAACUCUCCACAUCAGAAAUACAGAGUAAAGAAAGACGUCUAAAACCAGCAUGAGGAGACAUCAACUCACACACAAAGGCACAAAUACCUGCGCUACUCUAGACUCUUCAUCAGCAAUGACAAGAGCCAGACAAAGGUUUUAAGACAAAGACAAAUUGAAGCAAUUCAUGACAACAAGCUGGCACUGCAGAAAGUUCUCAGUGGAAUACAUCACAGGAGAAAGAUGAAAGACAGCCUGACUACAGAUAAACUAGACAUGGGAAAGAAAAACCCAUGCCCAGAACAGCCACCCCAGCAAACCCUCAUAUUUAGUGUGGGAGAAAGGAAAAUACCAAUAAUUUAGCAAAGCAGAUCACUCAACAAGUUUAUAUAAAAUAACAAAGCCCUUUCUAUGGUAAAUACUUAAGUGUAAAUGGCCAUAACUCAUCACUAAAAAUAUUCAAGCUGGAUUUAAAAAAAAAAAAAGAAGAAGAAGAAGAAACACUGGGUGAUGGUGGUGUGUGCCUUUAAUCCCAGCACUCAGGAGGGAGAGGCAGUCGGAUCUCUGUGAGUUUGAAACCAGACUGGUUUACAGAAAGUUCUAGGACAGUCAAGGCAACUAAAAAAACCAACCAACCAAACAACAAACAAACAAACAAACAAACAAAAAUGGUCUCAAAAACACAAAACAAAACGCCCAAAUAAACCAAAAUCAAGAGCGUAUAUGGCCUCCAAGAAACACACUUAGCUAGAAAAAAAAUCCUCAAAACUUAAUAUCAAAGGAUGGAAAACAAAUUACCAAACAAACAAAACAUGGACAAACAGGCAUAGCCAUCAUUCUAUCAGACAGGGUAAGCUCUAUACCAAAACUAAUUAGAAGGGGCUGGAGAGACGGCUCAGAGGUUAAGAGCACCGGCUGCCCUUCCAAAGGUCCUGAGUUCAACUCCCAGCAACCACAUGAUGGCUCACAGCCAUCUAUAAUGAGAUCUGGGACCUUCUUCUGGCUAUGCAGGCAUACAUGCAAACAAAACAUUUUAUACAUAGUAAAUAUUUUUUUAAAUUGUUUUUAAAAAUAGCCUUUCCACUCUGCCGUUCUCCUGUAUAGGAGGCAGCCAUGGUGCCCAGCCGGAAUGGCAUGAUCCUGAAGCCCCACUUCCACAAGGAUUGGCAGCAGCGAGUGGACACUUGGUUCAACCAGCCAGCGCGCAAGAUCCGCAGACGCAAGGCCCAGCAGGCGAAAGCGCGUAGCAUCGCCCCUCGCCCCUCGUCCGGCCCCAUCAGGCCGAUCGUGAGGUGCCCUACAAUGAGAUACCACACCAAGGUCUGGGCUGGCCGGGGCUUCAGCCUUGAGGAGCUCAGGGUGGCUGGCAUCCACAAGAAAAUGGCUCGCACCAUCGGCAUCUCUGUGGACCCGAGGAGGCGAAACAAGUCCACGGAAUCACUGCAGGCCAACGUGCAGCGCCUGAAGGAGUACCGCUCCAAGCUCAUCCUGUUCCCCAGGAAGCCUUCUGCCCCGAAAAAGGGAGACAGUUCUGCUGAAGAACUUAAGCUGACAGGACCUGUGAUGCCCAUCCGGAAUGUGUACAAAAAGGAAAAGGCCAGAGUUAUCACAGAAGAAGAGAAGAACUUUAAGGCUUUUGCCAGUCUCCGAAUGGCCCGUACCCAAUGCCCGACUCUUUGGCAUCCGAGCAAAAAGGGCGAAGGAAGCUACAGAGCAAGACGUUGAAAAGAAAAAGUAAUGCGCUGUUGGAGAGUUGCAAUAAAUUUUCCAUAAAAUAAAAAAAAUUGGAAUAGAUAAAGGAAAACACUAAUGUUAAUAAAAAAAUAAUUUAUCAAGAAGAUAUAACAGGGGUUGGAGAGAUGGCUCAGUGGUUAGGCACUGACUGUUCUUCCAGAGGACCUAGGUUCAAAUCCCAGCACCCAAAUGACAGUUAACAAUUGUAACUCUAAGAUCUGACACCCAUACAUACGUGCAGGCAAACACCAAUACACAUAAAAUAAAGGCAAUACAUUAAACAAAAAAAGAUACUAUCUUUAAAAAAAAAAAAAGAAGAAGAUAUAACAAGUAUAAAUUUUUGUGCUCCAAAUAUUGGAACCCCUAACUUCAUAUAACAAACAUUAGAACAUUAAAAACCACAUAAGUCUUAACAAAAUAAUAGUGGGGACUUCAAUACUUCAUUCUCAGACUUAGAUAGUUCUUCCAAACGUCCAAAUAAAGAAGCCUCAGAGACAAACUCUAUCGUUGGUGGAUUAUAACAGACAUAUGCAGACUAUUCCACCCAACACUGUCUCAGCACGGGCACUUUCUCCACAUCUACCAAGAGGUCACAAGCCAAGUGCCAACAGAUGUAAAAAAAAAAAAAAAAAAAAGAACCUGAGACAAUUCCUUGUAUCUCAUCAGAUCGUAAGAUGUUAAAAUUAGAACUAAACAAUAAACUAUAGAAACCACAAAAAUACUUGGAAACUAAACAACACAUUUUUGAAUGAACAGUAGGCUAUCCAAGAAAUCUGAGAGGAAAUUUAAAAACUCCUAGACAUAAACGGUAACCUUUGGGAGGCAGCAGAGAGAGUCACAAAGAAGGGAGUUUAUAGCAACAGUGCUCAUGUGUCAAAAAACCUGAGAGCUGCCAAAUAAAUCCCUAAUAAUGCGCCUCAAGGUCUUAAAAACAAGUGUCCAGUCCCAAACAGAUAGAUGGCAAGAAUUAAUAAAGAUUAUCAAAUAAAUUAAUGAAAUUCAGAUUUAAAGACUAAUUAAUACACAAAGUCAAUCAAACAGUUGGUUCCUUGAAAAUGUUAUGCAAACUGACAGACCUUAGAAGGGAGCAAUCAAACUAAUAAACAAGAUACAGGGUGUCACUACAACUGAUUUCAAUGAAAUACAGAAGAACAUCAUUAGAAAUUAAUAUGAAAACGUAUAUACUCUGGAAAGCUGGGUAAGCCAGAAGAAAUUCUAAAUGCAUAUCGUAUACCAAAAUAAAACCCUGAAGAUAUAACUUAAAUAGACUGAUUACAAGCAAUGAGAUUAAAGCUGUUGUUAAAAGCCUUCCUUCAAAGAAAAGUUUACAACCAGCUGGAUUCACUGCUGAAUUCUAUCAACUUUUCAAUGAUGACCUUAGACCAAUUCAUCUUACUUCAUAAAAUAGAAAGUGAAGAAACACUAUCAAAUUCUUUCUUCGAACCUAAUAUUAUCCUGACACCAAAACAAAGUAAAGAUACUAUAAAAGGAAGAAAAAAAUGAAGAGAAAGAAAACAAGAAAGGAAGGAAGGAAGGGAAGAAGGAAGAAAAGAACAAAAGAAUGAAACUAAAGACUAAUUUCUUUGAUGAGCAGAGAUGCAAAAGUUCUCAGUAAGAUACUUACAGCCCAACCCCAGCAAAACAUUAAGAAAAUUAUACAUUAUGACCAAAUGGUCUUCAUCUCAGAGAAGGUAGGCUGGUUUAACAUGUAUAAAUCAAUAAGUGUAAUAGACUAUGAAAAUAAAUUUAAGGGUAGAAACUACAUAGUUUCAAUCAAUGCUGAAAAGGCAUUUAAAAAAUUCCAGCAUGCUUUCAUGAUAAAAGUUUGGCGACUUUAGGAAUAAAAGGAACAUAGCUCAAUAUCCUGAAGGAUAUGCAAAACAAAACUACAGCCAACAUACUAAGUGGAGACAAGCCAACAACAUGUCUGCUAAUGUCCGGAAUGAGACAUGGACACCCAUUCUCCCUUCUCCUAUCUGACAGGGUGCUUGGGAUCUUAGCUGCAGCGAUUAAACAAGACAAAGGUACAAAAGGAAUAAAAGUAGGAAAAGAAGAAGUCAAACUACCCCGAUUAGCAGACAACAUGAUUAUUUAAAAGAUCCUGUUGAGUCUACUAGAAAAUGUUUGGACCUAGUAAACACAGUAAAUGUUGCAGAAUACAAAAUCAACACAAAGAAAACAAUAGCAUUCAUUAUACAGCUCUCAGAGAAAGAAACUGGGAAAAAUGUCCCACUCAAAAUAACUCCAGCCGGGCGUGGUGGCACAUGCCUUUUAUCCCAGCACUCAGAAGGCAGAGGCAGGCGGAGUUUGAGGCCAGCCUGGUCUACAGAGUGAGAUCCAAGACAGCCAGAGCUAUACAGAGAAACCCUAUCUUGGGAAAAAAAAAAGAGAAAAAGAAAAAGAAAAGGAAAGAAAAGAAAAAAACUCCAAAAAACGAGUUUUUAGGAAUAUAUCUAGCUUUAUAAAGAAGUGACAGACAUCUGCAACAAUGGAAAGACAUCUUAUGCUCUUGGAUUGGUAAAAUUGAUAUUGUGAGAAAGGCUAUCCUGCAAAAAUAAACUAACAGGUUUAAUUUAAUAUUCAUCAAGGCAGGCAUGGUGGCACACACCUUUAAUCCCAGCACUCGGGAGGCAGAGGCAGGUAGAUUUCUGAGUUCAAGGCCAGCCUGGUCUACACAGAGUGAGUUCCAGGACAGCCAGGACUACACAGAGCAACCCUGUCUCAAAACAAACAAACAAACAAACAAACAAAAUCUAACAAAAUUCCAGUGUUGUAUUCCAUAGGUUUUAAAAAAACAAAACAAAUAUUUUUUUCAUAUGGCUACAAAUGACCAAGAAUUGAUAAAGCAAUCAUAAGGACUAAGAGCACUGGAGACCGUGCAAUACCCAGCCUCUAUUUAUACUCAGAGUUACAGCAGCAGAGCCUGGUGAAGCAUGAACGUGGACAGAUUAGUGGAAGAGAAUAAAAGACAUAGCGAUAAGUGACAAAGCUGUGCCCACCUAGGUUUUGACAAAGGAGGCAAAAACAUACAGUUGGAAAAACACAGUCUAUUCAACAGAUUGUGCCAGCAAAAGCAUGUCUCUACCUACAGAAAGGUUAAUUACAUUAUCUUUCACCUUGUACAAAAAUGAAUUCACAAUGGAUCAAAGGUCUUAACUGAAAGCCCAAAAUACUAAAUUUCUAGAAGGAAACAUUGGGAAUACUCUUCAAUAUACUGGGGUAGGCAAGAGAUUUUUGAAUAGAAUACCAAUAGCACGGGACUAACCCCAGAAUCAACAGGUGGACUCCCUGAAAAGAAAAGGAAGUUGUAGAGCAAAGAAGACAAUCAGCAGAACUAACAGACAGACACCAAAAGGGAAAAGAUGUUCAUUAGCACACUUCAGACAAAGGGCUAAUAUCCCGAAUUUACAAAUUGCAGAUUAAACAAGGAAGCAAAAUUGCCCAAUCAACAAAAGCAAAUGAACUGAAUAGAUACUUUCAGAAAAAGAAAAGAAAAUAUAAGUGGACAUUACUGUUUUUAGAAGUAUAUAAAAUCCCUAGCCAUCAGGGAAAUGCAAAUUAAAAUGACUUUGAGAUACCACCUCACCCCAGUCAGAAUGGCCAUCAUCAAUAAAUCUGACAACAAAUGUUGGAGAGAAAGGAAGCCUUAGUCACUGCUGGUGGGGGAAGGGAGGGUACAGUCACUGUGGGGACCUGCUUGGACAUUUCUUAAAAAGUUAAAAUUGAAAGACCAUAUGACUCAGCUAUUUCAUCCCAGUGCAAAUAUUUAGAAAAUUCCAUAGAAAUAUUUAUAUCUCCAUGCUUAUAGCUGCUUCAUUCAUUAUAACAAAAGUUGAAAUCAACCCUAGUUUUUCAUAGUUCAACAGAUGAAUGGAUAAUGAAAUUAUGUUGUAUAUAUUCUAAAGAAAAUUGUAAUCUGAAUAUGUGCAAGAAACUGGAUAGACUUAAAAUGGAUAACUUUAAGUGAGGUCACACAAUCCCAGAAAGGAAAAAACCGGUUCUCCUCAUGCAGAACCUAACCAAUAAGAUAUGUGCAUGUGGCUACAGUAACAAUAUACGUGUGGAUACAGUGUAUCAUGCAGGAGAGAGGACAGGAAAAGUAAACA